AGUACACACCAAAUGGAAGGAACAGCUACAUGCACUGUGUGCAACAAAGUUUAUCGAAUGCCAAAGCCCUCGGAAACAAUUCAUUGCACAGAAUGCAAUGCCGUUACAAGAAUAAGCAGAUCGUCAAGUGGAAGCGGCCUAGGACUUCGUUUCAUAGAGUCAGUACUAAAUUCAAAGCCUAAUCUUCUGCCAUAUAGAAAUUCUGGAAAAGAUCAUAAGGGACGUCAGAAGAAUAAGCAGCAAUCAAGCAGUAGUUCUUCUAGUAACACUGCAAGCCCAAUUACUGGCGAUUCUUCUUCCCUAGAUAUUUAUAAGCCAUCUCCUGCAGAGGCCAUAUCCGGAAGAAAGAGAGCACUUCUUUGUGGAGUCACUUACCGGAACAAGAAUUACAGCCUCAGCGGAACUAUCAAUGAUGUGAGAAGCAUAAAAAACUUGUUGAUUCAGCGCUUUGGUUAUCCUGAGGAGUGUAUUCGCGUCCUCACAGAAGAAGAGAACGGAAAUGAUUUAACUACUCCAACGAAGAAGAAUAUAGAAGACUCCUUAAAAUGGCUUGUGGAGGGUUCAGAGUCUGGAGACUCAUUGGUGUUCUUCUUCUCUGGACAUGGCUUACGACAACCUGAUUUCAAAAACGAUGAGCUUGAUGGGUUUGAUGAAACUAUCUGUCCGGUUGAUUUUAUAGAACAAGGUAUGAUCGUAGACAACGACAUAAAUUCCACCAUUGUGCGUCCGCUAAAGGAGGGUGUCACACUUCAUGCAAUUGUGGAUGCUUGUCAUAGUGGAACCGUUCUUGAUUUAGAGUACACAUACGACCUACAAAAUAAGCGUUGGAAAGACAACAAACCUCCCUCAAAAGCAGAAAAAGGUACAAGCGGAGGAUUGGCAAUUUGUCUGAGUGCUUGUGGAGAUGAUCAGAUGGCUGCCGAUACCAAUGCUUUGACGUCCAAAAAGGAAAUGACUGGAGCAAUGACCGCUAUUUUGAUCCAAAUGGUUGAGAAGGAACCUGAAAUAACAUACGAAGUUCUACUCAACAAAAUGCAUGGCUUUAUCCAACAGUUUAACAAGAAAAGAUUCCUGAUCAAUAAUAGGUUCUUAAAGAAACUUUUUCAUUGCAGAAAAAUAGAGGAACCUCUGCUAUCAUCGUCUCAGGAAUUCGAGGUUUCCUCGAGGAAAUUUUUGCGGUAAAUCAUGUAUAUAUGCCAUGAUCAUUAAAAUUUGGGUACCCAAAAAAAAAAGGAGUAUAUGCAUGUGGUCAUUGCAAUUACAUGCUCCAUCAAACCACAGACUGGUGCAAGCUUUUCAUCAAUAUCGAUCAUCGAUGUCGCUUGUUAAU